GCCAUCUUCCUCAAGCAAUGGAAAUAAUAUCAAAGAUAAAAAGACUUAUUAGACUGAAAUCAUCAUUGCAUCAUUAAGGCCAACAUGUAAAGAGUUGCAACGUGUGCAGUAGGAGUUUCAGGUUAAAGGAUUACAAGCAAGCCAAAACAAGACAGAAUGAUGCCAAAACAAAGAAACAAAGAAAGAGGGUGGAUCUGCACGUGAUUGGUGAUGCUGAUGUCAUUUUGAUGUGAUCAAGCAGCUGAAGUGAGCGCCUUCAUUGGGUCGGUGGUGAAAUCUGGUGAGGAGGAACAUCCAGAGGAUGUGGAUGAUGUGGCGGUGCGCAGCAGCGGUGAGGAGGAGCACUUUAUCCGGGCACAUCUGAGUGCAGAAUGCCUUGACUGAGCAAGAAGCCGCUUUGGAGUGCUGAUUGCUUUUUAUUGUCUUUAACAAUGGAUGAGCCGAAUAUCCUCAGACGACGUGGACUACAGAAAGAGCUGAGUCUUCCACGUCGGGGAAAUGUUGCCCGUAACAACAAGAGAAGGAGUUUGGCGGUCGGGACCCCUUCGCCCACACUCUCACGACCGCUUUCACCUCUCCCACUUGCCACAGUUCACUGAAGACUGCUAUGAAGGAACAACUUUACAAGAAGCAUUUGCCUCGAAAGAAAAAAGGAGGCUGAUGGCAUCAGUUGCCACAGAACAAACUGGUAGCAGCCCUUCAGAAAGUCCCAGAAAUGUGUCUGCCAGCAACUCUGCCAACUUCCAGUUCGCCCGCAGCCAUCUGGCCCGCACUGAGAGAGGUGAUGGCCGAAGAUGGUCUGUGGCAUCAGUUCCCUCGUCUGGAUACUGCACCAAUGCACCCAGUUCAUCAGUAUCUUCGUCUUCUUCCCAGGAGCUCUUGCACCAGUUGCCCCUGCAGCCUACACAAGAUGAUCUCCACUUCCUGUUCAAACAUUUCCGGAGCACAGAAAGCGUCGCUGAUGAAGAAGGAACACAUCCCUCACCCCCUGUCAGGCUCCGCUCGCGCAGUCUCAGCCCUGGACGGACAUGCGGAACAUUUGACAAUGAGAUUGUCAUGAUGAAUCAUGUCUAUAAAGAACGUUUUCCUAAGGCAACAGCGCAGAUGGAGGGUCAACUUCUGGACAUCAUUGAAGAGUGUUCCCCAGAAACUGCUCUCCCUCUGGCUGACGGUGUCCUCGGGUUCAUCCAGCACCAGCUGGUGGAGCUGGCCCGAGACUGCCUGGACAAGUCCCAGAAAGGCUUGGUCACCUCUAGGUACUUUGUGGAGCUGCAGGAGAAACUGGAGAAGCUUCUGCAUGAGGCUUACGAGCGCUCAGAGAGCGAAGAAGUCACCAUCAUUACAAAACUGGUGAAGAAGAUUCUCAUCGUCAUCUCUAGGCCUGCCAGGCUCCUGGAAUGUCUGGAGUUUGAUCCAGAGGAGUUCUACCAGCGUUUGGAGGCUGCAGAAGGUCAAGCCAAAGUGGGCCAGGGGAUCAAGACUGAUAUUCCCAGAUACAUCGUCAGUCAGCUUGGCCUCACCAGAGAUCCUCUGGAGGAGAUGGUCCAACUGGAGCAAACAAGCCCAAGCCACAGGUCAGCCAGCAGAGAGUCUGAUGAGUCUGGAGAGGCAACAGCAAUACAGAGCCGUGCAGUAUGCACUCCCCCUCGUAGGAAACCACUGGAGAGUGACUUUGAGACUAUCAAGCUCAUUAGCAAUGGCGCCUAUGGAGCUGUAUUUCUUGUCCGUCACAAAGAAACCCGACAACGCUUUGCCAUGAAGAAGAUCAACCGGCAGAACCUGAUUUUAAGAAACCAGAUCCAGCAGGUGUUCGUGGAGCGAGACAUCCUCACCUUUGCUGAAAACCCCUUUGUGGUUUCCAUGUUUUGCUCGUUUGAAACACGGCGGCACCUCUGCAUGGUCAUGGAGUAUGUAGAAGGUGGGGAUUGUGCCAAUUUGUUGAAAAACAUUGGUCCUCUGCCUGUGGACAUGGCCCGCAUGUAUUUUGCAGAAACCGUCCUGGCUUUAGAGUACCUUCACAACUAUGGCAUUGUACACAGAGACCUCAAACCUGACAAUUUGCUAAUCACCUCCAUGGGGCACAUAAAGCUGACAGACUUUGGCCUGUCAAAGAUUGGCCUCAUGAACAUGACGACUAAUCUGUAUGAAGGCCACAUUGAGAAGGACACAAGAGAGUUCAUUGACAAGCAGGUGUGUGGUACUCCAGAGUACAUCGCCCCAGAGGUGAUCCUGCGACAGGGCUAUGGGAAGCCUGUAGACUGGUGGGCUAUGGGCAUCAUCCUCUAUGAGUUCCUUGUGGGCUGUGUGCCUUUCUUUGGGGACACACCUGAACAGCUCUUUGGCCAGGUGGUCAACGAUGACAUCAUCUGGCCUGAUGGAGAGGACGCUCUGCCUGCUGAUGCCCAAGACCUAAUCACCAGACUACUUCGUCAGAGCCCGCUGGAACGCCUGGGAACAGGUGGAACUACUGAGGUGAAGAUGCACAUGUUCUUCCUGGGACUUGACUGGAAUGGGCUCCUGAGGCAGAAAGCUGAGUUCAUACCACAGCUGGAGACAGAGGAUGACACCAGUUAUUUUGACACCCGAUCGGAGCGUUAUUCUCAUCUAGGGUCUGAUGAAGAUGAUGAAACUAACGAUGAUGAAUCCUCUCUUGAACUGAGACAGUUCUCCUCAGUGGCACAUCGCUUCAGCAAGGUGUACAGCAGCACUGAGCACCUGUCCACCUCCACGCCAUCCAACCAGAGCUUAUCAUCUUCUGAGAGAAGCCACAGCGAGGAGAAGGACGAGCGAUGGGAGAGCAGAGGAGCCUUUUCCCCUGGUGACGGACACAAACAUCUGGCCAGUGGAGACAGAACAGAUGGACUCAGGGGGAGUUUGCGUCCUCGUGCUUCAUCCAGCUCCUCCCAGUCAGAGCGCAGUGCUAGCCCGCUGGUAUUGAACAGCACCCAGAGCCUCGACAUCAUGCCUCGCUUUGCCAUCUCUGCCGAGGAGGAAGAAGGUAUGGUCUCCAACUUGCGGCGCAUUCGUCUUCGCAGCAACAGCACCGGCACUCGACCAUCAUUCCGUAGAGGCGCGUCCAGACGGAUUGCCCACCAAUUGGAGACCCCGGAAAAAGCCAGGCCUCCAGCUGGAAAAGUCCCCAAGUCUGCCUCAGUGUCUGGCCUUUCCCUCAUUAUUACCCCAGAUGACUCUGUGGGUCCUCCUUCCAGCCCCAAGUCGUCUUUAUCACUGUCGUCCAACCCCUCAUCCAGAGACUCGUCUCCUAGCCGAGAUCUUUCCAUCAACAUCAGCUGCCUCAGGCCUCCGGUGGUCAUCCACAGCUCUGGGAAGAGGUUUGGCUUUGCUUUGAGAGCAAUCAGAGUCUACAUGGGAGACAGCGACGUCUACACAGUUCACCACAUAGUCUGGUGUGUGGAGGAGGGCAGCCCGGCACACGAGGCAGGUUUGAGAGCUGGUGACCUCAUCACUCAUGUCAACGGGGAAUCUGUGCAGGGUCUUGUCCACACUGAGGUGGUAGAGCUUCUGCUUAAGAGUGGCAACCGAGUAACCCUGCAGACGACUGCUUUAGAGAACACUUCCAUCAAGGUGGGCCCUGCCAGAAAGACGAGCCAUAAGGCUAAGAUGGCUCGACGCAGCAAAAAGAGCAAGAGGAGAGAUGGGCAGGACAGCCGGCGCCGUAGCAUCUUGAAGAAGCUGUCUAAACAUACGCCUCCUCCGCCCAUGCAAAGCAGUCGUAGCUUUUCAUCCGGAUUCCACCAGUCAUCCAGCGACAGUCUCUCUGGCUCCCCCACACAGUCUCUCUCUCCUGGCCCCUCAACGCCUUGCCGCUCCCCCGCUCCUGACCACUCUGGAGAUUCAAGUUCCUCUCCCUGCUCCAGCUCCCCUAACUCACCAGUACCUCAGGCCCGUCCCAGCUCCCUUCACGUCCUGGGCCGCUAUACCAAGGCUGGUCGCUGCAAGUCCACCAGCAGUAUCCCUCCGUCCCCGCUGGCCUGCAUUCCACCUCCUCAGCCUCUGUCGCCUCAGUGCUCUCCCUCCUGCCUUCCGAGCCAUCCCAAGUCCCUGCAGGGUUUUCACGGUAAGACACUGUCCCCUCCCACUAUCGCCCGCCAUUCUGUGCGCCCCCGCAGUGCGGAGCCACCGCGCUCACCACUCCUCAAGAGGGUGCAAUCAGCAGAGAGGCUGACUGGGGAUAAAGCAACAGGCGGGUACCACAGUGAUAGGAAAGCCUAUAGCACCCGUCGCCAUACCAUGGAGGUGCCUCUGUCUGAGGGUGAGGACCUGGAGGAGGACAGUACCUCUGGGUUUGUAUGUGUUGGUGAACACGGUCGCCAAGGACUGUACGUAGGGGGGCAAAGAAGCCACCAGGAUGUUAUGGGAGGAGGCAACGAGCACCAUCGCUCUUCGUCCUCACCACAACACCGUGGCGGCAACCAUCACUCCAAAGAGGUGGUAGUGAUGAGGAAGCUGGCUCUGUCAGAGCGACGAGACUCCUUCAAGAAACAAGAGGCUGUGCAGGAAGUGAGUUUUGACGAUCUGGACGAGAGGGAGGCGACACCCAGCCCCAAGCUUCCUGUCACUCAACCGAAGGUGUUCAAGGCGUCCUGGGUCAGCUCGGCCCAGUCGGACUCCAAUCUGAAGCCGGAAGGAAAAGCAUCACAAGAUCCGGCGGCACAGCAGAAAACCAAGUCACAAGAUAAAGAGAGGUUGUAGGGAAUCACUUUGCAAAGGAAACAGAAUAACAACGCUUUUCAUGCGUGUCGCUCUACAUUCUUUUUGAGAUGACCAUGUCACCUGACAACUGUGAUCAAAAUCUCAUCAUCACAAGCUUGAAGAUCAUUGUUUCUCAAUAAUAUAUGCAUCCUUCAACACUGUUAAACACAAAGAUGACUGCCUAUCUACACUCUUUGUUUUGAAAUUUUGUAAAUAUACUUUGUUUUAAAUGGUUAUUUAUAUACUCAUGUGGUUUUUGGUUGCUACCUUGGAUGUGUUUACGGUGGUAGGUGCUGACAAGAGGAGGGUUCAACAUUUGAGUUGGUUUAGCCUUGUGUUGCAGUAUAGAACGUUUAAAAUCAUCCUGUGCUGCCUCUCAGAUUGUGGUGGUGACCGUUACGGCUGAAUGAGGGCCUAAAUGUAACAUGAUCACACCUGGAAGACAAACAUUGGUGCCAAAGCAAGGUUAGCCAUAGAAACCUUACAUAUAAGACAGGUUCUGUUGUACAUAAUGCAUGCAUGUUGACAAGCGGUUUCGCACUGACACUCCCCCUGCUGUGCUUGAGGAUUAUUGCACCAUGCUGCUGGUAACGUCUCACAGCACCUUAAACUACCUGUUGUGUCAGUCCCUGGUUCAUCUCCAGUCUAUUUGAUGUGUUUGCACAAGUCAUGUAGCCGUGUAACACAUUUCAGGACAAUUUCUCUCUAUUUACAUUGGAAAAAAACAACUGUACGGUGGAUACAAACAAAAUCCAAGCAAAUUUCCUUUGCUGUUGUGAAUGGAUGUUUACAUUUUUCCACAAAUAUGUGUAUGUGUGUGGGUUUAAGUUAUUAUUAAAAAAUGAAUGAGAGGGCAUGACAGUUAAACCCUAGAGAAGGGAGAGACUAGAGGUAAUCUCUUUUUUUUGUAUAUUUUCCACAAGCAAACAGUCUUGUUGCAGUACUACUAACCUAUGCUGUUGAUGUAUAUUGUAUAAACAACGAUGGACCUUAAAACAGCUAUCGGUGGUGUUUUUGAAAGUGACCUUGUAAGGCUAGUUGGGCUCCAAAAUAAGUUUAGUGCAACUAAAGUGGCAGGUUCUUAAUCUCCCGUUAAGAUCAACCUCAAAGGAUUGUGCAUGCUUUACAUUCCAGCGCAAUAUUCCUACUUUUUUUUUUUUUUGCCUGUUUGCAGGAUUUUAUUCAACUUGUGGAAGUUAUUUGUUUUUAAAGAAGGAAAAUUGACUUUGGGAAUUUUUAAUGGACUUUGAGGACAGUGCUAGGCUGUUUAAUUUUGAAUCAGAUACAUUUUGCUUCGAGGAUUUGAUCUCAUUUUGUACUCCUACUAAGCCGUAUGUUAGCGCCCAUACCUUAACUUGUAUAAUCGCUUUGUUUUCUUUAUUUUUUAAUGUACAUUUAAUUAGUCAUAUAAAUCAAAGGACGUCACAGAAGAAGCUGCACAACGCCGUUAAGCACCUCACACCCCAAUGCAGCAUUAUCUAAAGCUUCGUUUUUGUUGAACACUGUGUUUGCAAUACACUCCAUGUUGAUACAGAGCUGUCAUUCAGUGGCUCCACUCUUGUGUGUUUAUGGUGUUGUUCCCCACUCACCCCCCUUAUCUUCAGAUGACUGGCCCUUGUGAAGUUCCUACUAUGUGGGUAUCUGGUUUGGACUGGUGUGCCAAUGUAUGUUGUUUUUUUAUUGUCUUAACAGUGCUUGAAAUAAAAUACUCACAAAAAGGACACUUAAGUCCAAAUGUGCAACGUGUCAAAAUGUGUCAUCCGUAACCAAGAUGCAUGUGGUUUUGUUGUAUACUUAAUAUGGACACAUCCACUGGUCAGUUUGUAAUGUAUUUCAUGUUUUAUUUAUAGGUAUAUUACCAGAAUUUUCAAGUCAAAACUUGGUCAAAUUCAGGCUUAAUUGUUUUCUUA